AUGGCCUCCUCAUCUGGUGUAGGGUCGUAUUCGAACCCCUUGAAGAAGUUCAAAUUGGUAUUCCUCGGAGAACAAAGCGGUGCGAAUCCCUUCCCCUCGCUCGGAAAAACCUCUCUGAUCACCCGCUUCAUGUACGACUCCUUCGACAAUACAUACCAGGCUACCAUCGGCAUCGACUUUCUGUCCAAGACAAUGUACUUGGAAGAUCGCACCGUCCGCCUUCAACUCUGGGACACGGCCGGUCAGGAACGAUUCCGCUCCCUCAUUCCAUCCUACAUCCGUGACUCCAGCGUAGCAGUGGUGGUCUACGACAUCUCAAAUGCCAAAUCAUUCCAGAAUACCCGAAAAUGGAUCGACGACGUCCGAGGGGAGCGUGGCAAUGACGUGAUCAUCGUUCUCGUGGGCAACAAGACGGAUCUGAACGAUAAGCGCGAAGUGACCACUGCGCAAGGUGAAGAGGAAGCUAAGAAGAAUGGUCUGAUGUUCAUCGAGACCAGUGCCAAGGUCGGCCACAACGUAAAGCAACUUUUCCGCAGAAUCGCCCAAGCUCUUCCGGGAAUGGACGGUGAGGCGAAGCAAGGAGAGAGUACUAUGAUCGACGUCAAUAUCCAGCCGAAGGAGACGACGAACAACGACAGCUGUGCCUGCUAG